UCCAUAUAUACAAACGAAAGACUGCACCCUUCCGCCCCCUGGAACUACAUACCUACUACUGCUACCUGCUACCGCUACUCCUGCUACUACCGCUACUACCGCUACUUCUCCUGUUGCUGCUGCCAGUCCGACUGCUAAAGAGUCAACAUCGUCACCUCCUGGUUGGCAAUUGCUUUUACUGCCUGCUCUUACAUACACCUUGGUCGUCCUAGAGCAUUCAAUUACCCAACUGCUCACAAACGGACACCUCACCCACCUCAUAGAAAGUCUUCAACCUUUGAACGAAUCGAAAGCUCCGCCAGACGUCCACGAUGCUCACUAAAUACGAGCCCGUAGGGAGCCUUGUUGCUCCCUCAACAUCCUCAACACCAUCUCUGCGCUCGAUGGGCAAAGUACACUCUCGACCUACUCCGCGGCCGUCGUACCGGCACAUCUUCAUCAUCACCGGCCCAGCUGGUUGCGGAAAAUCGUCGGUGGCCCUCCACCUGGCGAAGCAAUUGGACUUGCCCUACAUUGAAGGCGACGACUACCACCCUCAAAGCAACGUCGACAAGAUGGCCAGCGGCGUUCCCUUGACCGACGACGACCGCUGGGACUGGCUCGAAACGAUCCGCAAGCAAGCCGUCGGCGAACUCGAGAACGGUGCUUCCGGCUGCGUCGUAACCUGUUCCUGCCUGAAGCGCAAAUACCGCGACGUGAUCCGACUCGCGGGUCGCGAAGCCGACGAUGUGGUCAUGCGGUUCGUCUACCUCCGCGCCGACAAGGAGUUGUUGCUCUCGCGCGUCCGCGCACGGAAGGGCCACUACAUGAAGGACGACAUGGUAGCGAGCCAGUUCGAGGCGCUCGAGGAGCCCGAUGAGACGGAGACGGACGUUAUCCCUAUCGAUGUCGGUGGGACGCUGGAUUCGGUGAAGGAUGCUUCCAUGGAUCAGGUUACCAGAGUCAUGGACGAGCAUGUAUGAUAGCGAAAAAGGGGGGGUUGUGGUUUUGAGGUUUUCCUUUUUUUUGCCUUUUUUUCUAUUGAUUAAAGUUUUUUGACUUUCCCUCGACCAAAGCC